AUGAAAGAAAUGAAUCUGUUUUGCGCUAUCCUAGGCGUUGCCUUAUACUAUAUUCACGGAGUCGCUGCACAAGACGUUGCAGCCCAUGGAUACUAUACAGAGCCAACCACUGGGAUUGUCUUUUACACCAGUUCUGAGCCCAAUGGCACAGUUAUUGGGGAUGGCUUCUUUUCACCUGUUUCACUCGGAGGUUUUACCUGGGGUAUAGCGCUUCCAGAGGAUGCUGCAACAGUGGAUUCUUAUGAUUACCUUGGUUUACUUGUCGGCUCUCGUCCUAAUGGCACAGGAUGGUCUGGUAUAGUUCAGGGUCAGAAUUCUAGUGCCGAAAUGCCAAAUCAUCUGAUGCUCCUCGCAUGGGCGACUGGGAACGGCGAUGAAAUUGCCACCUCAUUGCGAUACGCCACUGGCUACCUAGCCCCGAAAAUCUACGGCGGAACCGCCUCGAUAACCCAAUUAUACACGAAUGUGAACGAGACUAAUUGGGUGAUGGUUUACAAGUGCAAUCGAUGUCUUAUCUUUGAUGACCCUUCUCAGACACCGUUCAAUAUCUCAACCUCCAAUGGCCAAUUUGAGCAGGGCUGGGCUCAGUCCACCGAGGCCCCGAAUGACCCAGAAAACGCCAAUUCUGAUAUUGCACAACACAACAAUGGAAUGGGAGAAUUCAAAGUUGAAGUGGCGUCCGCUACACAGGCUUCAUAUUCGAUUUGGGCAAGCAUGACUGCGACCGCAACCUCUGUCAGUGGAACAGCGGGCCCUACUGCUACCUUCUCGUCAAACCUGGUUCCCACCUCUACUUACGAUUAUGUGGUCAUUGGAGGUGGGGCUGGUGGAAUUCCUCUUGCCGAUAAACUUUCAGAGUAUGGAAAAUCCGUGCUGCUCGUUGAGAAGGGCGUUGCAUCCUCAGCUAGAUGGGGGGGAACUAUCCGACCCCCUAGUGGAUGGCUCGACGGCACCAACAUGACUUGGUUUGAUGUCCCUGGAGAGUGUAAUAGAAUGUGGACUGGGGGAGCGGCUGAUACAAGCUGUGUGGGAUGCGCAGCUGCAUGCACUGAUAUUGAUCAAAUGGCAGGAUGUGUUCUAGGUGGCGGAACCGCAGUUAAUUCUGGCCUAUGGUGGAAUCCACACCCCGAAGACUGGGAUUACAAUUUUCCACCGGGCUGGAAGUCUACCGACAUGGAAUCUGCUUCAUCUCGAGUAUUUUCCCGCAUUCCAGGCACUGACCAUCCUUCAAUGGAUGGCCAGCGCUAUCUGCAGACCGGCUUUGAUGUUGUAUCACAAGGAUUGUCAAGUGCGGGCUGGACGAGUGUCACUGCAAAUGAGGUGCCUUCUCAAAAGAAUAGGACAUACGCACAUACCCCGUAUAUGUACAGCAACGGCGAACGAGGUGGACCCAUGGCUACUUAUCUAGUUUCUGCGAUGGCAAGACCAAACUUCGACUUGUGGUUGAAUACGAGUGUGGAGAGGAUUGUCCGUACUGGUGGACAUGCCACCGGUCUCGAGGUUAUCCCUACUCAAAAUGGGGGCUAUCAGGGUACGAUUCAGUUGACCCCAACUACAGGGAGAGUCAUCGUAUCUGCUGGCGCCUUUGGGACCUCAAAGCUACUCUUCAGAAGUGGAAUUGGCCCACAAGACCAGCUGGAAGUCGUUAAGUCGAGCACGGAUGGUCCUACAAUGAUCAAUGAAACGGAUUGGAUCAUUCUCCCUGUCGGGUAUAAUCUCGGUGACCAUCUCAACACUGAUACAGUUAUUGCACAUCCAAACAUGUCGGCAUCAUAUUAUGAUUGGCAGGGAUCCUGGACUUCACCUAUCGAAGCGGAUAAGACUAGUUACCUAAGCAAUCGUAUUGGGCCCCUCGCACAAGCUGCUGCAGACAUUGGACCGAUGAUGUGGGAGGAAAUUACAGGGCCGGACGGUAUUGUGAGGCAGAUGCAAUGGACGUCUAGAGUUGAAACUUCUAACGGCGUAACUGCACCAGCUGAUAAUGAUGUAAUGACACUGAGUCUUUACCUUGGUCGAGGCGCUAUCUCUCGAGGACGACUCACUAUUCAAAAGGGGUUAAACAUGGUAGUCUCGACCAUUCCGUACGGAGACGAGAACGAUCUUGCUGUUGUUGCCACGGCGCUCGAUAACAUGGCAAAUGCCCUGACGAAGGUGCCGGGCCUAACAUAUCUCUUCGGGCCUAGAGCCAGCACCAGUUCAGCUCAAUCAUCCCUCAAUAUGACUGGAGCCGAGUUUCUCGCCAGCGUCCCUCUCACAUACGCGAACAUCGGUUCUCGACGGUCAAACCACUGGCUUGGAACCGCCAAACUCGGAACUGACAGUGGACUCGAGGGCGGAACAUCUGUCGUUGAUACAGAUACCAAGGUCUAUGGCACAGAUAAUAUCUUCGUCGUAGAUGCGAGUCUUUUCCCUGGAUUGCCAUCUACCAAUCCCUCAGCCCUUAUCGUUACGAUGGCAGAGCAUGCCUCGGAGAAGAUCAUUGCUCUUCCCCUAAAUACAGCCUAGCUAUGUAUAAUGGCCAUGGUUCUCAAAAGAUAGGCCCCGUUGGAGUGUUUAACUUAUGUUUGGGAGAAAGGGUCACCGCAGUGCAUAGCUCUCGCAUUCACAUAACAUCUUUGCAG